UUAAAGGGUAAAUCACAAAAUUAAAAAAGAAAAGGAUGCGAGAAGAAAUCGGCAUAUGUGUACAAAGAGUAAGAGCGUCAAAGAGAACGGAGGGACGUAUUAAUGGAGGAGAGAGGAAACGAGAGAUGGAGCGCUGCGAUCGCCAAUCUAUCCGAGAUAUCUAACAAUCUUGAUUCCCUCGAGAAUUUACUCAUCAAGAAAGCUGUCUACGUCGAUGAAGAUACUUUCAACAAAGCCUCCUUAACCUCCGAUCAAGCCCGUACUAUCAAGGUUCUUGAACAAAGGGUAGAGACUUUAGAAAGAGAACUGGAUGCUGCCAUUUCAGCUGCAGCUCGUGCUCGUACAGAAAAACGACAUGCUGAAGCAGGCCAAAAGGCUGCUGAGUUAAGAGCACAAGAAAUCACCAAGGAGCUUGAGAAUACCACAAAAGUGUUUGAAUUGCACAUGGAAGAAUUAAGAGCAAAACAAGAUGAGAUUUUGAAACGGGAUAAUGAGAUUAAACUUCUAGAAGCUAUAAUUCAGACACUUGGAGGAAAAGACUCAACUUAACUUUGUAGCAGGAAAAAGGAAAACGGUUGCGAGGAAAAAAAGUAGGAGGCACCUUACCCCACUCCAGAGUCCACAUCAGUGCACCUCGCAUUAGCACCACAUAUCACUUAACAUGUUUUGUCAAUUUUGGCUCUUAAAAUUAAUAACAUUUCAUUUUAUGUCCUAGUUAUAUCUGGAUAUUAAAUUUUUAUUCUUUUAUUGAUCAGUUAAUCUAUUUAGUUAUAUUUUCUAACAUAAGUUUAAUAUAUUAUAGAAUUUUAUGUUGUUAAAAUCUAAUUGUCAAAACUUUCAAAAUAACAAAAAUAUCAAAAAAUGAAAAACAUUGCGGUCAUAAUAUUUUAUCUUGUUUUUAGUUAUUUUAAAAUAUAAAAUGUCAACUAAUUUUUUUUUCAAAAUAGUUACUAAUUUUAAAAAAUGAGAAAUUCUAUGAAGAGAAGUUGUAUAACAUAAAAAUAGAUACGAGUAAUUUACCGAAAUUGUUGAUGUGGUUUGGUUAAAGUUGUAUGAUUGGUUUAUUGUAUUUAUUUAUUUACUAGUUGUGAGACUCAUGUAUUAUAUGAAUAAAUUAAAAAAAAAAUUAAAUAUAAAGGUCUAAUUAUUUGAAAACUUUGAAUUUAUAAGAAAAUAAUGAAUUAUUAUAAUAAAAAUGUUUUUUAUCUUUUAAAUUUAAACAAAUAAUUUAAAUAAAUAAAAAAAAACUAAUGGGCUUUAAUUUUGAGAAUUUUGAAAUUAAAAUAUAAGUUCAUUAAUGAUAUUGAUAUUCAUUUAUUACAAUAUUUAUUACAGUUACUAUAUUAAAAUAUUACGUGAAAUUUAAAACAAUAGAAAAACUUAUAAAAUAACAUGUAUGGAAAAAAAUUCAAAAUAAUUACAAAAUGUUAUUUGACAAAUUAAAUAAAAAUGUGACAAGUGAUAAAAAAAAUCAUUUAUUAGAAUAGAUUUAUUUAUUUAUUUGCAUUCAGCAGUCAUUGUGUUUUGGUUUUAUGUGUGUUUUGGUUUUAUUGUGUUAUUCAUUCCUUAUUGACUUAAAAAGAAUAUAUUGUGACUUUUUUUUUUUUUUUUAUAUUUCUUGUGCAUUUAUUAUUAAUAUAGUAAAAGAAAAUAUUUAAUUAGAUAUUUGGGUUUCACCCUCACUUGCCACUGCCAUCGACCACCAACCACCACUACAAUAGACCACCGUCAACACUGUUGUCGACCACCGCAACUUCCACCACCACCAUUGUAGUCGACCAUCACUCACAAUCCAAAUUAUUCCAAGUUUUCUAGAAAAAUACAAAAAUCUACGACCGCCACACCAAAACCUGAAAUACCCACCUGUUUUGUUUCUUUCUAAAUCAAACUUGAUCUAAAUCAAAUUGUAAAAGAAAAAAAAAAUGAAA